GCACCCUUGACCUGCCUCCACCAACACACAACGGCCGGGCACGACUAUACUGCACCUAGCAAUGAGACGCGCGACGGCGGCAAGAUUUGAGCACGACGAGACGCGACGCACGACGGUGUCCGGCCACCGCAAAUUUCAAACGCCUCGCUCAGCCGGGGACGUGUAUUUGAGCGAACCCGGUCGAUCUUUUACCCGUACAAACCGAUCGACGCGGACGCAGAUGGAGGAGUUAAAGCUACUCAGCAACCAGGCCAGGUUCAUCUCGGCCAUCAUCAGCGGCGAAAUCAAGUACAUCCGGAGGAAGAUGAAGGAGCUGCUGCAGGACAUAAUCGACAAGGGGUUCGAUCCCAUCCUCAGAGAGGGGUUGCUGCCCGUGCCCGGGGACGAAGGUGAAGCUGCAGCAGCAGGAGAAACGGCUGAAGAACACGGCAGCUGCUACUACGAAUACCUCACCUCUAUGCCACUCGGUUUCUUCAACGACGACUACGUGCAGCAUCUUCUCAAGAGGAUAUCCGAGAUCGAGGAGGCGAUGCGGUCGUCUCACACGGACCACGGGGAAGCUCGGUCGGGUCCAGAGGCUGCCGGAGAUGAUGGUGUGUCUGACUCUGAAACAGCAGCAGCGCCCAGGAGACGGCGCAAGAGGAGUGCAGCAGAGUCGGUAGUGCCCAUGGAUGACGUUUACAACGACGAGGAAGCCGCCGCCGCACUGUACGACUAUCUGGCCGCAAUUGCUGGGCUUGGGCCCCGACAACAUGAACCUGGGACUGUGAGCACGCUGCAGAGGCGACCAACCAAGAAGCAGCGGAGGAAGAAAUCAAGCAUAGUUGGCGCGCUACUACCUCUCGAGGACAUCAACACGACUGCUUCGACUUCGACCGGCACCAAUGAUGCUUGGACGAGCGGACGUGCAGUGCCUUAUUCGCUGUCAACGCUCGGCUUCGCACGGAGUAUUUGAUACUCCCUCUGUAUUGUAUGUAAACUAAUACAAGGCCGUUUACAUCAGUCAUGUUCAUGUAGAAGCUGAAUCAGUGUUUUGUUGUGCGUCACAGACAUAUACGAGCGUUUGAAAGUUGAGUUCGGUGUUAGAUUGUAUGGACACACAUGCUAAAAGGUAAGUUAAGUUCAGUGUUUGAAAGGUGAGCAUGAGAAAUUUCAGUGUCAUGGGAUGAUACAAUAGGAUAUUGUGAUUGAAGCUUUCAUUAAAUUAUUAACCAACUUGAAACAAGCUUCCGCUCUGCUUUAUGUAUGAGCACCACUAGGCAUCAGACUACUACUGAUGUUUGGCUCCCUAUCAGACGAGUUCUUGGCCGUUCAAUCCACAGCAUGCUGGACGUCCGAUGUAAGUACUAGUCAAGCCGUGAGUUUUGCUAAUUUGUUACGUUAAUUGAGUGCUUCGCCAUAACUGUCGCCGCAUCCAUCGCACUUCUUGCUUUUUACGUGGAAGUAGUACGUGGGCCUGGUAGUUAGCUUACAUGCUUGAUAUACCGUGCUCUCCGUCAUCCAUCCAUGCCCAUGUUCUCGUGUAUCCCGUCGCUCAAAAAAAAAGUUCUUGUGGAUCCCUGAAA